GUCAGCGCAUACUGACGUUUUCUGGUGUUCAUAGGCUAUUCGGCAAUAUGUUGGGCUACGUGGACAACACAUUAAGGUGGUGGUGGAUCCCCAACUGGCUCCCAUCAUGGUGUCCCACCUCUCAGAAUCAGCUGAGGACAGCAGAAGACAAGAUGCUGGGAUGUCUGGAAAGCAAUUUCUCCAAAGAGUAUAUCCCCAUCUCCAACGACAACCACCUGUGGACCCUGAGCUUUAAAAGAAGUGAUACAGAACACAAAACACCGCUGGUGCUGCUCCAUGGGUUUGGAGGAGGCGUGGGUCUCUGGGCGCACAACCUUAAUGUCCUCUCCAAGCAUCGGCCCAUCUACGCCUUUGACCUGCUGGGCUUCGGCCAGAGCAGCAGACCCACGUUCUCUGCGGACGCCCAAGAGGCUGAGGAUUUAUUCGUGGAGUCGAUAGAGCUGUGGAGGGCUAAAGUUGGCUUGGAGGCCAUGAUCCUGCUGGGACACAACCUGGGAGGAUACCUGGCAUCUUCCUACUCUCUUAGAUACCCUGAUAGAGUGAAGCACAUAGUUCUGGUGGAACCGUGGGGUUUUCCUGAGCGACCAGACAUGGCGGACCAGGACCGGCCAAUUCCAGUGUGGAUCAAAGCCCUUGGAGCCAUGCUCAGCCCUUUCAAUCCCCUGGCCGGAUUGCGACUAGUUGGACCACUAGGUCCAACUCUGGUUCAGACCCUGAGACCAGACUUUAAGAAGAAGUUCUCUAACUUGUUCAGUGACAACACUGUCUCAGAGUACAUCUACCACCUCAAUGUGCAAACACCCAGCGGGGAAACGGCGUUUAAGAACAUGACUAUUCCCUAUGGCUGGGCCAAGAGACCGAUGCUGCAGAGGAUCGGCCAGAUUCGACCGGAGAUCCCCAUUACUGUUGUGUACGGCUCCCGCUCCAGCAUAGAUGGAAACUCGGGCAAAAUCAUCAAGGAAAAGAGGCCAAACUCUCACGUGGAGAUCACUACUAUCCGUGGAGCGGGCCAUUAUGUUUAUGCCGACCAGCCCGACGACUUCAACCACAGAGUUUUACAGGUGUGUGACCAGCUGGACUGAUGCAGAGGGAGAACUUUUGGUGAAUUUAUUCCCAUGUACAGUGAUCAGAAAGGCUACGGAACCACCCAAAACAAGUGUUGCCUCCUCAGCAGUUUGCAUGGAUCCCAACAUGCUCAUUUGUCCCAGGGUACCAGGGCACGUAUUUGCAAACAUACCUUGCAAAAAAAAAAGCAAUGGUCUGAUUAUUUUUAUUCAAAGUACAUGUCACAGUGAUGUCCGUAUUAGUCAGGCCAUCUGGCUGCCAACUGUGCACUUCUAGUGUUAAAAUCUUGCUGCUGUACAGGCCCUGACGUGAAGUCGGAGAUCAGGUAAGUUUGAACCUCUUACUCACUGAGAAGUUGCAGAGCAGAGCAGCUCAGACAUUAACCCACCUGGCUCUUCCCUCAGUCGGUGUGUAUUUGAAUAAAACUACAACACUUCCGUCUGCAAUGCGCACACACUCAUGCAAACUAAAGCUCAGGUUGUUUUUGUUAUUUGUUUUUCACUAGACUUUGCUGUUUUUUGGCUUUCCACUUAGAAUUAAUUGACAAGUAAGUCAUUCUGUACUUUUUUCUUAUCCUUUCCAUGCAGUGUUAGGAAGAGAACUCCUUGCUACAUAAAACGUAAAACCAUAAGACAACUUCAUACACCACUCUCACAGUAUACUGUUGACAUACAUACUAUAAUAAUAUUAUUAUUAUGGCUAUUAUUAUUAUUAUACUAUCCUGUCUAAAAAAAACACCAAAAAAACAUAGUAUGUAUGCUUUCCCUAGUGUGCAAAAAAGCAUAAUAUGGAAAUACUGGCUAAAACAGAUUGUUGUAGAUCCCAUUCUAAUGAAAGAUGUUCCCAUAUUUUAUACUGCAUUGGAUAUUCUUUAAAAGUGUGCAAUUUCAAAUUUAUCCAACACAGCAGAGGAAAAGACCGACUUUGAAAAGCAAAAUAGAUUUGACCAUGUUGGGACAAUUCCUUUAGAUAUUUUAGGUAUGAAGUGCCUUUUUCUGUAAAUUUCUGACAGAUUAAAUAAUAUCAAGUCCCUCGAGAAAUUAUUUAACUAAAAUGAAUCUACAUUCAUCCCCCAUGAAAUAUUAUAUGGCACCCAUAUCUUAUUCCAACCUCAGCAUGAGAUAAUCAGCAUCAGCUCGGGUAUUGAUUUUUGUUCAUUGUUCCAGUAUGCUAAGGUGUCCUUUGUUUUAAUAAUAACUGGUCUUCACGUGACCUUGACGUGCAGACCAUGAGGUAGUAUUAUGACCAUGCAUUAGCAGUCAGACACGCUGUGGAGCUGGCUGUACAAUAAUAACCACCUACAUUUUGCUCCAUAGUCGUGAUUAUCUGCACAGUUUCUUUUUCACAUAGGAGUAUUAUUUAUGUUUGCUGCAUUUUUGAAUGUCCAUUUAAAGUCUUAUUUUGUCAUUUCAGUAGCCCUUAGUAAGUCCGAUUUUUCAGCGGCGAUGCUUUCUCAUAUACAAAUUAAGACACAGGUCUGGAGUUACAUUUUUCAGGGGGUUAGGGUUGGUAAUUGAAAUUGUUGGGGAAUUAAUUUCAAGAACCGAAAUCCUAAUGACGUUAAAUUUGGUACUAAGCCAUCCUUAGUACUAAAUUGAGUCAAAAGUGUACUAAAUCAUUUUUCCUUCACCUCGUUGCCUCAAUUCUUUUCACAUUAAAGACACGUCCCAUCCUGCACUCAUCAGUUUAUAACCUCAGACAAAGCCAAUGAAAUGGAACAUUUUCUGAACUACGCCUUGUCCAUUUUUGUGACACCAGCCUAAAUUGUUUAUACUAUUUUACUAUUAAUAUUACUAUCAAACUGUGCAAUGUUUGUGCCUUUAAUGUUUUGGGAAAAAACGAGCAUCUAACAGUAUCAGUAUUGAAUUCUGACAAAACUGCUAUUUUCAACUGUCUCUCGAAAUAGGCCUACUGUCAGUGAUUAUAGAUGGUCAAUCUAAGCCUUCAUUUUAUACAUGGUUUGAAUGAAUUUUAUGCCACUCUACCUCUUCUGAUGGCGUUGUGUACGUUUUCUGUUUUGCCAGUCUUUACUUCAUUUGGCUCUUCUUGACAGAUAAAAUAAAUAGCCAUGUCUGUCACAGACAAAGCCAUCAAGGCUCAACAGUAGAGACUACAAACUAAUAGCUACAUGUUAUAGGAGUAAUGGAAACUGGAAAUAUGGAGAAAUCGGUGACAAAUGUUUUUUAGAGAACAGUUUUUACAUAAGUGUUUAAAUUUUGUGCUGAUUCAUAACAGGAAAUCCUGUUUUCACGGUGGUGUGCGGUGUUCUUCUGAGAUAACUCAGCAGGUUUCUUAGCAUUAUUCCUGUAUGUUGGAAACCCAAAGAUAUGCGUGUCCAAUCUCUUCAAUGGUGUAUACCUAUUAAAACCCCGACCUUUAUUGUGAAAUCAUUUGACUUUUGUAUCAUAUUACUUCAAAUUAUCUGAUUGCGAAAAAAAACCCGCUCCCUUCACAAAUGCUACGUCUCUCUGUUCUACUGUAUUUCCAGUUGCACAGAGAAUGUAAAUAAA